GAUCUAAUUUGGAUUCGGCUCAGCCCGUUUACAGUCUUAGAAAAGAUAAGUAGAAAUUGAGAUUGCAAGAAAAACAACCGUCGCCCGCCCUUUCGCGUCUCCCCAACGCUGCUCUUGGCGUUGCCGCCUCCCCCUUGGUGCUGCCGGCGUCUGCUGCUAACUACAAACCACACUGCUGCUAAUCUCCUCGCCACCACUCCGCCGCACCGAACCACCGGUUAAUCCCGUUAAAUCAAAGAUUCUGGUAGAUGAUUUUAAUGAUGAUCCAUAAUUGACAAGAUUUUGGCCCUUUUUGUCCAAAAAUCAACUGCGUAAAACAUUAUCAUCAUCUAUUUGUGACAUUGGAGAAUUCCGCAGAAUGAAAAAAGGGAUGGAGAGUAAAAAUUCAAAGUUGAAAAUUGCAAUCAUACAUCCAGAUCUUGGCAUAGGUGGAGCUGAAAGAUUAAUUGUGGAUGCGGCUGUGGAGCUUGCUUCCCAUGGGCACGAUGUUCAUAUUUUCACAUCUCACCAUGACAAAAACCGAUGUUUUGAGGAAACUGUUGCUGGUAUCUUUCCAGUUACUGUAUAUGGUUCUUUUAUACCUCGACACAUAUUUUACCAUCUACAUGCUGUAUGUGCAUAUCUGCGGUGUAUGUUUGUCGCUCUUUGCAUGCUUUUCUUGUGGCCAUCAUUUGACAUCAUAUUGGCGGAUCAGGUUUCUAUAGUAGUCCCACUCUUGAAGCUUAAAAGAUCAGCAAAGGUGGUAUUUUAUUGUCAUUUCCCGGAUUUGUUACUUGCUCAACAUACAACUUUUACCCGGAGAUUAUAUAGGAAACCAAUUGAUUUUCUGGAAGAAAUUACAACUGGAAUGGCGGAUUUGAUACUCGUCAAUAGCAAAUUUACUGCAACUACUUUUGCAAAUACAUUCAAGCGUCUUCAUUCACGAGGAAUUCGACCUGCUGUUCUUUACCCAGCUGUCAAUGUUGAUCAAUUUGACAAACCUCUUUCAUCUAAAUUAAAUUUUCUAUCCAUCAACCGGUUUGAAAGGAAAAAGAACAUUGAGUUAGCAGUUUCAGCAUUUGCUAUGCUUCACACUCAUCAUGUGCGUACAUCUGAAAAUAAUAAUGCAUUUGAUGCCACUUUGACCAUUGCAGGUGGAUAUGAUAAACGACUGAGAGAAAAUGUUGAAUAUUUGGAGGAACUAAAAUUCUUAGCAGAAAGGGAAGGAGUGUCUCAUCGUGUUAACUUUAUUACAUCCUGCUCAACUGCUGAAAGAAAUGAUCUUCUUUCUCAAUGCUUGUGCGUUAUUUAUACUCCAAAGGACGAACACUUUGGUAUUGUUCCACUAGAGGCAAUGGCAGCUUACAAACCUGUUAUAGCAUGCAAUAGCGGUGGUCCUGUGGAAACAGUGAAAGAUGGAGUGACGGGAUUUCUUUGCGAGUCAACGCCUCAAUCAUUCUCUUCAGCCAUGGCGAAAUUUAUUGAGGAUCCCGAUUUGGCAAAGAGAAUGGGUGAAGAAGCAAAGCAGCAUGUUAUGGAGUCAUUUUCGACCAAGAUUUUUGGCCAGCAUUUAAAUGAUUACCUUGUUAAUAUUGUUAACAAUAAGGAGGAUUAGAUACUGUAGUUAUACUCUGCCGUUUUAUAAGACUUGUGGUGCAAAAUUUUAAUUCAAUGACCAUAUUUUUUAUAAAUUAUUUUA